AUGUGGAAGUCAAAGUCACUUGCACCCUCCCGGCCGCCUAGGCCUGGUCAGCUGCAGCAGGUUUUUUGCACCGUCUCCAUUUACAAUCUCAUUCUGCGUCAUCUGAGCCCUCGCACUCUUGUGUGGCUUUCACAGACAUGCCGCUACAUGUAUGUAGCAUGCACUCGCUUUUUCCGAUGUGCGUACAACAUCAACCGGCAUCUGUCCCGCUAUUUCCCGGAGCCUUUGGCAUUUCGCUCUCUCCAAGCACGUACUGGACUUGUGAUUUCAGGCUUCAACGCCAUGCAUUUUAUGGACAGGAACUACCAUGCUUCAGACCUUGACCUCUAUGCUCAUCCAGGUCAUGUUCACGAGCUGUCAGAGUGGCUUGUGUCUGUCGGGUAUGUAUUUGAACCCACUCAACAUCAGCACAAGGACUGGCAUGAGAAUGUCUCGGCUGGUUGGGACAGCACAGAGAAGAGAUUCCCCCGAGGCCAAGCAGGCAAUCUUGGUCAUCCUGCUGUCACUGCUAUUUUGUUCAAGCGACUUGUAAUCGUGGACGGAAAGCCUGUAGAGCUCAAAGUGCAGGUCACGGAGACUACCUGCAACCCUAUUGAAACUAUACUAAAGUCUCACUCCACUUGCGUUUUGAACAUUAUUACAUUUGAUGCAGCACAUUCUUUCUACCCUAUGGCAACAUUUGAGGAGCGAAUGACACUGAGAAUACCGCAGUCGGGCCUCUGUCUAGAUGCCCUCGGAAAUUGUGUAAAGAAGGGUUGGAGGGUGUAUACGUUGUUCAGGCCCCAGGAUAUCGUACAACCCUCUGAAUCACCAUUUUUUCCGAAUGAGACUCGUUGGGUAGGUGAUAGUCGCUGCUGGUCCAUUCUGCUGGAUACUUCAGGAGUGCAGUCCCGCCCAGCACCAUCCCCAUCCUCAGAACAAUUUUCAUGGGACCCCUCCAUGCACAAUGGUUGGAGAAUGUCAUUCAAGGAUGCGGGAACUUCUCCUAUUAUAAAAGUACCAACUAUGGACGCCCAUCUAGUCAUGACCACUGCUUUUCGAUACAACUAUAUUGUUCCUGAUGAAGCACUUGCCCUGGGAAUUUGCAUCUGGUCCGUCCCCCAGGACAAAAUUUAUCGCAAGGUACCAAACAAACAGGACUGGAUAUGGUCGGUCCGUCUCAGAUCAAUCUAUUUCAUUUGCACUCAUACUUUUGUAUAUAGGUUUGAUGCUGAAAUUCCAAGGUUCCGGGAGGCGCAGAACAAGCUCGCUGGGUUCUAUAGUGCUUAA